AAUUAACAAAACAAUUGCUUAUUACUAAUAAAAAUUUGCAUAUUUAACAUAAAGAAAACAAUAAUUUUUAAGUAUAAAAAAAAUCAAUUUGGCACAUUCGAUUUCAUUUUUGUUCUUUAACAAAAGAGUAAUCUGGUAUACGCAUAACAAAUUUUAAAAUAAUUUCGUUUUUCAUACAAAAUGAAGAAAGUUAUUCCUAGAAUAUCAAGAAAGUUUCCUGAAGAAUUUUACUCUGAAGAUCGCUUAAAUGCAAAGUCUUAAAUGCUUAAUGAUAAUCAGUUGUCUAACUCGUCUAAGUAUAAUAAUGAAUAACCUUUAUCAAAUUCCCCUUCAUAAUAAGUGAGUACUUUCGAAGAUGACACCUGGUACGAAAAAACAGCCAAUUUCAACAUUAAUAACAAAAUUAUGAGGGUUUCUUAAUCUCAAGAUAGUAUAUUUAAGCAAAGUAAGAUAGAAUAAAAAAAGCAAAUGGAUUUCACUUUUUGUGCCACAGAAAAGUAAAAAAAUCCAAUGUAAAUACCCUUUAAAAUACUUCCUCCAUUGCUUUAGAAAUAAAGCAAGUAAAUUUAAGAAUAUGAAAUACAUCCUUUAAAUGUCUAUUAAUUAGACAGAUUUGUAAAGCCAAUGAUAUCAAAGGAGAAAUAGCAAAUGAACUACUCUGAAAUAAACCAAAGUGAAGCAGAUUCUAAAUUAGCAAACGAUUAAACUCAAGCUUCAGAAUUUAAAAAUGGAAGGAGAAGAGAAGAUGAUUCAAUUGAUAAAUAAAUUAAUGAAAAUGAAAGACAAAGGUUUUAAUCAUUAUGUUAACCAGAAAAAGAUCUUUAAAAUAUAAAAAUAAAUAUUGUAAAUAUGAUAGGAAGGAGCAACUUUGUCAGCUAAAGUUAAAUUCUAACCACUAAUCAAUAAAAAAUCUUUACAAAACCGUCUCCUGUAAAUAUUUCUUUAGUAUCCAAUUCCUCUGGGUUAGAAAAUAUUCAUCCAAAUAUAAGCUGUUCUAAUAUAUAAAUUGGCUAAAAGGAACAAAUAAAAAAAAAAAAAUAAAUUGAAAACAAGACAAGAUAGUACUGUGCACUACCUUGCUCAUAAUCAGUUUCUAGAGGCAGAGAUCCCUUAAUUUUAUAACAGAAAAUGUCUACAUUAAAUAAUCCAACAAGGCAAUCAUACUAAAGUUUAUUAUAAGGAGAACUUAAAAUAAACUAAAAUUCAUUUUAGCUAAAUAAUAUAAAUUGCCCUCAAUUAAAUGACUAAAAGGAUGAAUUUUUAGCUGAAGAAAAUCGCUUAAAUAAUUUCUAAAAUGUUUAAAGCUAACAAAAUGAAAAUGAAUUUAUACAGAAAGAUUUAAGAAAUAUUUAUCUCUUAAAAAAUAAUAACAAUUUAAAAUAGUAAUUGAAACAAGCUAGUGAAUCUUUAGACCCAAAAAUGGUUAAUAAAAUAGAAAUAUAAACUAAAAUAUUAAAUAAUUAUAAAAUUGCUUAAUUACCUUUACUUAAUAAAUUAUAAAAUAAUAGUACAAAACUGUCAAGAGAAUAAUAUUAAAUUUUUAACACAUAAAAUAAUAAUUUAUUUAAAAAACAAUCCACAAACACAAAUAAACCAUUCAACAGUAUUUCAUCAAAAAUAACUGAUACAUCUUGUUACUCAGUGGCUAAUGGCUAAUGUAUAUCCAGAAAUCCUUCACCUCUUAUCCUCUAAUAGAAAACAAAGCUUAAUAAUUGUUCUUGCACUUAUAUAAGCAAUAAUUUAAAAACUGAUCAGGAUAUUAGUAUUUUAUCUUUUAAAAAAAUAAAUUACAAUUAAUAAUUGUAAAAUUCUCCUAAAACGGAGCCUGUAAAGCCAACAUAUUAAAUAGAUAUUAACUAAAACUAAUUAGAUAAGCUUUAAAACCCUGAGUGGUUCUAUAAUUAAUUAGGGAGACCUAAUCUAUUAUCAUAUUAAGAGAAAAGAGAAAAAGCUAUUUAGUACUACUAACGAAACAUUCAUUCUCAGCAGUAAAAAUAAAAUGACCAAUAAAAUACAAAUUAAAAUAAUUUAAGAUAAAAAUUAGUUAGAAGAGAAAAUAAUUCAUAUAAUAACAAUUCAAAUAAUGAUUGCCAUAUCUUAAAUUUAAAAUCUGAAAAUGCUUUUUUGGGAUUAGCCAAUGAAGAGAUUUUAAUUGAAAAUUGA